UAGUUGUCUACGAAUCACGCCACAAUGAUAGCGACUCCUCGUCUUUGGUGUCCCGUGGCGUUUCGUGUUCGUGUUCGUGCAACGCGAUGGGGAAUUGCGUCGCCGGCCGGUUCGAUCUCCGGACGUGGCUGGGCGUCGUCAUCGUCCGAACCAGUCGUCGAGAGCGCGAAAGAUGCUCCCGACCCAACGGGCACCAAGACUCCGGUAAGCCAACGCGAGCUCGACGCCCUGCCUAUUUCCUUUGCCGACAUUUCCCGCGCCGAAGUCGCCAUUCGCGGGGGCGUCGUCCGCACCACCUGCGAGCGCUCGCCCUUUAUCAGUGAACUCAUUGGCGCCAACGUGUACUUCAAGAACGAAUUCCGGCAAUUUACCGGGUCUUUUAAGGAACGUGGAGCCCGGAAUGCCAUUCUUACGCUCAAAAAGAAACUCGGCGGGGCCUUGAAGGGGGUGAUUGCGGCAUCCGCCGGAAAUCACGCGCAGGCCUUGGCCUACCACGGACGAUCCCUCGGCGUACCCGCCACCGUCGUCAUGCCCACCGUCGCGCCACUCGCCAAAGUAGACAAAUGCAGGAAAUUCGGUGCCCGAGUCAUUAUCAAAGGAAGUCACAUUGGGGAAGCCAAAGAGUUCGCCGAAACCCUCGUUGCUUCGGAAGGACUGGAGUACGUCAACGGGUACGAUGAUCCUCCCAUCCUAGCCGGAGCGGGUACGAUUGGUAUGGAAAUGAUUGACGAUGUUCCGGAUGUCGAUGUUGUUGUGGUCCCUAUUGGUGGAGCCGGCCUCAUUGCGGGAAUAUCCUGUGCCAUUAAGACUCUCAAGCCAGAUACCAAGGUGAUUGGUGUGGAACCAAAAUUUUGUGCGUCUUACACGGCGGCUCUGCGUGCAGGCAAACCCGUCCCGGCUCCCUUUACACCCACACUCGCCGACGGGUUGGCCGUCCCCAUUGUCGGAGCACACGCCUUUGAAGUUGCCCGUCACUACGUUGAUGAAUGCGUUCUAGCAUCGGAAAAAUGCAUUUCGCUCGCUGUCUUGCGACUGCUAGAGAACGAAAAGGUUGUCGUCGAAGGCGGCGGCGCCGCAGGUCUCGCCGCUCUCCUUCCCGGUGGCCCCCUCGACCGGGCCGACAUGAAGGGCAAAACUAUUAUUGUCCCGCUUUGUGGUGGUAACAUUGACACCACCGUCCUGGGGCGGGUGCUGGACCGGGGUUUGGCCGCCGACAUGCGCCUUGUCAAUUUCUACGCCACCGUAUCGGACCGGCCCGGAGGAAUCGCCAAACUGGCGCAAUUGCUGAGUGACGAAGGAGCCAGUAUCAAAGACAUCUACCACGAACGAGCCUGGCUGCACACAUCUGUAGAUCAAGUACAGGUCAAGUGCGUGGUAGAAUUGCAAGGGGAGGAACAUGGACAACGUGUCCACCGGGCAUUGCUGAAUCAUGGGUAUCCCGUGAACUGGAACGUACAAGUGUAA